GUUUCAUAGUCGCUUCAAAAGUUUGUCCCUGCUGGUGUGACCACAGUAACGAAGCCCAGAUUCACCUACGUCUUGUCGGUGCCUAAGAAUUUUAGACCUCUAAUUCUAUCCUAGGACGGAAUUCAACUAUGGAGAAUCACACUAAGAGAAAAACUGAGAAACAAAUGAAGAUGUCAGCUAAUCAAAUGGAAAAAAACAUGUAUGAAGAUCUCAUAACCAAUAAGGGACUAUUGGAAUUGAGAAGGGUUUUGAAAGUGAUUUCAACAGUCCCCAGAGGUUUGAAUCCUCACAUCAAGGAAUUUAUACAUACAGCUUUAUCCUUGCAAGCAGUACAGAGUGAUGAUGGUGCAGCUGACAGUCUCAAAGGGGGGCAAGCAGUUCCCAGUCUAUCUUUGGAGGUAUUGAUCACACAGCUGGAGAGGACACUUGAGAAAAUUCAAGCUGCUAAUUGUAAUGGACAUCAGUUAAAUAUGGAUUAUUAUCUCACAUUGCUAUUUCUAUAUGGAUUAGCACUCAUUGAAAGGGGGACAAAGCAGGAUUUUUCUGAAGCUAAAAGUAAAUUCAUGACAAUGAAAAUGAAAAUUCAGAAGAAAGAAGAUUGUAGAAAUUUUUUAUCUUUAGUUUAUUUUGGAUGUGGUUUACUACUAGGUACUCAAAAAAGAUAUAAUGGAGGACUACUGGAAUUUCAAAAAAGCAAGCAAGAAAUAAAAGAUAAUAAUGAAAACUGGUAUGGUAUAGACCAUAUAAAAGAUGAAGACUUACCUCAAACAUUUCAAGAUCUUCUUGAUGACUAUAUUAAAAAAUAUGAAAAUCAUAUAGAAAUGGAGACUAUUUGCAGUUCUCCAGACUGUGAGCGGUCUUGUGAGGCUGAUAUUUUUAAGAAAUCUAAAUAUAAGGGUUUUGUUCAUCUCAUUUGCAGUGAAAACUGCAGUAUCUACUUCCAUAGAAUUUGUUGGGAAAAGCUCAAGAAUAUAAACCAUUCUGGAAAAAGUGAUGAGAGUUUUUGUGAAAAAACGUGUUUGAAAAAAGGAUGUACUGGUAACAUUGUAAAGAUGCGAAAAUGCGAAGGACUUGGAGUCUUUGUUAAUCUGUUUGAUGUUUCAAAAAAGGAUGAAUGUAUGCAAAGCUGUCUUAAAAAAUCCAAAACUCUACCAGCCACCGAAGCUACGAAAAUACAGAAGUUAAAUUUAAAAGGAAAAGGAGUGGCUGUGAAAUCAGGACUGAAUUCUCAUAGUUAUAAUCCAGAAGAGGUCUUUCAAGAUGAGAUACUAGAACAGAAUGCAUCUCCAAUAAACUCUAUUAAAGAUAUGAAAUCAGACCCAGAAGAACUGCCAGGAGGAAUUCCUAAAGAUGAAAAAUCAGCACCUAGUGAAUCUUCGAUAGAAUCUAUUAAAGAUGUCCAGGAGAGUGCCCAAGUUAACAGUAAAUCAAAGAAGAAGAAAAAGAAUAAGACUAAGAAGAAUAAAGAGCCAAAUAAAGAACAUAGUCCAAAUGUCUUCAGAAACAAAGAAGAGGCAGGAAAAGUUCAAGAGUUAAAUCCACAACUGAGUAAUGGACCAGAAAAAAAGAACCCGUGUGAUCUCCAGUGUGCUCCUGCAGCUGAAGAAGAGUCCUGUUGCCCAACUCAGUCAGAUACUCCAGACUUUCCAGAUCAGGGCUCAAGGAACAAACCAACCCCAAAACAUGUAAAAAGCCAAGAAGGAACCAGGGAACAGCUGCUGAGGGAGCAGCAGCAGCAGCAGGAGCAAGAGCAGCAGCAGCAGCAGCAGCAGCAGCAGCUCUGGGAAGCACGGAGGCAGUGUGCAGACUUGAAAAAACAGUUGGAAGUGAUGAUUCUCCAGUGGCAACAAAAGCAAGGACAGCUCAAAGAGAAAGAUAAAAUCAUUUCUGGUCUUAACCAACAAGUGUCUUCUGGAAACCACAAAGUUUCCAAAUUACAGCAGGAACUCCAGGCUAAAGAUUCUGAAAUCAGGAAGCUUAAAGAGAAACUUGCUUCAGAAAGAUCUCAGUGGGAAAGGGAGAAGAAUAAGCUGGAAGCGAAAGCUAAGAAGUGCUUGAGCAAGCUGAAUGGAGAAACCAAUAGAGCUAUAACAGCAGAGGUGUGGUUCCUGCAGACCCGUCGAGAUUUUGACCUCCAUCAGCUGGAGCAGACUGAGAGGGAAUACCUGGUUCAGCUUAUCCGCGCCACCACCAUGGCAUCAAGCCACCCAGAAUCACUGCAGCUAAAAGCAGCUGUAGAAAGUUGGAAUACCAUCGUGGCCGAUGUCAGGAACAAAAUUGCAUUGAGCAGGACACAAUACAAUGAACAAAUUACUCUGGUGAAGAAUGGUUAUCCUCUGAACUGCUUGCCUCCAAUACAGAUUCCUCCACCACCACCCAAUCCUGAUAUAUUGAUGCAGCAUUUCUUGGAAAAGAAUAUCAUGAAAGAAAAUUCCUUAAGAACUACUCCUAAUUCUCCUCAGUUUGCCUCAUCAUACUCUGGAGCUAGUUCUGCUGCUAGCCAGGCUAGACCACCUUUGGUGACAGGAAUGGCCCAACCUACACAAGUGCCAGUUUUGGGAACUGGAAUUUCGGAGGCAAUCCUGGGAAAUGAGCGCACCAAGAUCAGCUGGGAGAGGAUUAUGGAUAAGCUCAAAACUGCUUUUCCAGAGUAUAGCAGGAUGGAGCUCACAGACCUUUUAAGAAAACUGAAGGAUGCCAAUGGUAGAUCUUUGACUGGGCUGACAUUUGAUGAAAUAGUUCGCAGAGUUUCCCAAAUGAUUGAACCUAAAAGAUCUCAGAACCAAUUGCAAGGAGUGCAGAGUGCUGAUUCUAUUCCUCCUAGCCACCCUCAGCCCAAGCCCACCAUUGAUCAGCCCCCACGCUCUGCCUGGAGACCCCUGAACCCACAGGUCCCUGUGGCAUGGGAAGGGACCAAAAAUUUGGGUGAUGACGAGGAGCCUUGUGUGAUCUGCCAUGAUAACCUCACUCCGGAUAACCUGUGUGUGCUGGCUUGUGCUCAUAAGUUUCAUUCUCAGUGCAUUAAACCCUGGUUGAAACGACAGGGGACGUGUCCUACAUGCAGACUCUAUGUUGUGCUUCCAGAGGAAUUCCCGGGUCUUCCCAGUCGACACAUACCCAAAAUCUGAUGAAAAGGCUUGGAUGGUGGCAAAUGACAUCAAUUUGUGGGCUCCAGCGUUCUGCUUUGCCUUAUUGUCUGAUAUUGUGAAGUGGCAUGAAGUAAUGCAUGGGGUUGUUCCAUAACAGAGGAACUAGCUCACCUAAGUGAGGAUAUGAUAAAUCUUCAAAGUUUGCAGUUUGCAUUCAUAUGUAGGCAAAAUUUGAUUUAAAAAAUUUAUAUCUUUAUACUUUUCCCAUUUCUCAGUAGCUAUACCUUUUUCCUCCAAGUGCAGCAUUUAAUAAUGUGCUAGCAUUUCAAACAAAGUCCUGUUGUCUUUAGUUUUCCACCAGCUUCCAUCCAGUUACAUCCAUUUCCUACUUAAAUGGAGAAGAGGGACUUGUGCAAGAGAUAAAGAUGAGCAGUGAAGAAGUGGGGACAAGCUGUGAAUGAAAGAAGUCUUAAGAUCCAAAAAAUUUGAUGCUUCCAUUAGCAUAUAAACAAGCAUAAUUUACUUACUUGAGUUUUUGCUUUUCCUCCUUGAUUCAUCUUCUGAGGGACAUACUCCUAAAUUCUAAAUUAGUUGGCCCCAAAAAUCAAAGUAAGAAGGAAUAAGACUAUACUUAAAGGUUUAACCACCUUGUCCCCCUAUAAUUCCUUAAAUUUUAGCAACUUGCUUUCUGUGUUCAGUAUUGCUUUCUUGAAGGCCACCAAUAUUCUCUUUAUUACCAAAUUGUUUUCAGUAAUCUUUGAACUUUCUAACUUUCUGCAGCAUUUAACACUAUUCACCAACCUCUUCUUCCUUUGACUUCCACGACACUAGUUCUCCAACAUCUCUCCAUUAACUCAUUCAACAAAUUUUGGUUUUUUUGCAUCUGCAGGUGCAAAUACUUGGCCAGGUACCAGGGGAGAUUAAAAGAAUGGUUUAGAAAAGACACUCCCUUCUUUCAUAGCACUAAUAAUAUAACUCUGCAGAGUUGUAGAAUAAAAUGAUCUUUCUCUCUUCUUUCUCCUGCCUUCCCUCACCGCCUGCCAUAUAGGUGUUUCCUUCAGGUUUUUCCCUUUAUCCCCCUUCUCUUGCUACACUCUCACCCUUAGUAACCCAAUCCAAUCUUUUUUUUUUUUAACCUAAUCCAGUCUUACAAAAGUUCUUUCUACAUGCAUGACUGAAAUCUGUGGCUUCCUCCAGCCCUCAUCUUUCUCCUAAGCCCCAUUUCUGUAUUGACAGCUGUCAAUCUGGUCAUUAGCUGGUCCCAAGCUCUUCAAACUCCACAUAAAAAACUCAUUUUCUGCCCCAAAUCAGAUCAUUUUUCCUGACUUUUAUUUUUCCAUUAAUGAGUCCACCAUUUUCCCUCGCCUUUUUUCUCUCCCCACAUCUAAUCAGUUACUAGAUCCUCUUGAUUUUACAUUCACAACACCUCUUCCCUCCACCCUCUUUCAGUUGUCACUGCCAGCCCCCAGUUUGUGACCCCUUUUUCGUCCCUUUCUUGGACUCCUGCCAUAGCCUUCUGAAUGCUUCUGGCUAGACUGGACCACUCCCUCAUUGUCCAUGGAGCAUUCCUGGUACUUCUCAUGCCCUAUGCUACUGCCCAUGUUAUUGUCUGAUCACCAGGCACAGUUUUUACCUGUCAUAUUUUUCCCAUUCUUCAAGUCCGAGCUCUAAUGCCAACCCCUUCGUGAAUCCUUCCCUGACUCUUCCCACAGUUGAUUUUUUUCCAGAUCUGAACCCCCAUAAUGUUUUUAUGACUUUAUUGUAUUAUAUGUAUACAUUUUUUCUAUGCCUAUUACUAGACUGAAUUCUUUGACAAAACUCUGGGACAAGCAGUAUUUCCUUCCUGGGGGUGUGCCUUCCUCCCUGCUGGUGUAGGGAGACUAAAUUCCCUACCUCUUAUUGUUCUUUACUGACUUACUCCCUGUAGCGAUGGGGCUCCAAGGGUGAGGGAGUGGGGGUACUGGAACAAUAGGAGAUAGGUCCCCCCUUUUCUCUCAUUACUACUCAAAGUAGGGCUAUCUCUACUGGGUCCACUUUGCUUCUCCUCUUUUGAUAUCCUUUCCCCUCCAGUAUCCCCAAUCCAGUUCAGCCCUCACUCUUCCUAGUCCCUCUCCUCCUCUGCCCUUUAGAACCACUGUUAUUAAUAAAUCCUUUUAUCUUCUCACAUUCCUUCCCUUCUGAAGACCUUACCUCUCUUGUCACCUCCAAUGUUGGCUUCUUCUCCAAAGUCCCUGUUGCACAGGGCCAGUAGGAAUAGGUAUAUUUUGUGCUCUCCACUGCCACUUUCAGAACCCUCUUUUGGCCAUCUCAUGCAGGACGUAGUUCCUCUUCCUUUAAAGUUCACUUCAUGCUGUCCAGGUGCUGGUGUUGUUACUGCUGUGGUUGCUUGUCCAGGUAGUUUUACUUCCUCCACAGUACAUGUUCAGUAUGUGGUUUAUAGCUGUCCCUGCCCCAAAUCACAGCUUUCCAGUUCCUUAACUUCUUUAAUUCCCAUGAUCUUUGUUGGGAAUGGUCCCCCUCUAAACCACUUUGCUCCCCAACUAAAUUUACUUUAGAUGCUGGGAUUUCUGGUCUUUGACAACAGCAGCCAUAUUUUCUUCCGUUUUGUUAUCAACUUCUGUGUCUAGAGCAGGGCCUUUCAUGAAAGAAGGAGCUUCACAAAUAGGUACUUACUAUUGAGGAAGGCAGAUGAGGGAGAGUUAAUGGAAGUGGGGCUUGAUGCACAAAAUAGAGAAUUAUUAAAUAAUUGAUAUAUGUUCACUUGUAGACCUGAGUCUCCCCCAAGUAUUUUUUUUCUUUCCUUAAAAAAUUUCUAAUUUCUCCCAUUUGACCCUAGCAGGAGAACUUAUUGAUUAUAUGUAUUUUUUUGUCUGGUAUGGUUACAAUGCCCCAUCACCCAAAUCAUAACACUGAAAAGUGUUAUAAUUGUAACUGCAACAGUUGUAACUGAGAGCUCUGUUAUUGUGAAGGUGAAGAUGAUGUUGUAUAAGUACUGUUCCUUUAUACCAGCUCCAGAAUUAUUUCAAUUCAGUUCUUUGCAAGAUGAAUGUUUAACACUGUUAGACCAUGGUCUUGGUCUUGGUCUCACUCACCUGUGGACCUGUGUGUCAAUAAUUUUCCCUGUAUGCUUUAGACCAAAUGUGUCAUUAAACUUGUAAAAUCU